UGUGUGUGCUGUCCUUUCGUCGUGUUGGAGGAGCGUGCUGAAGGUGCCUUCCAAGUAACUGAACGUAUUUCCGAGUUCCGCCGUCGCGUGUAUCCGUGUAUUGAAGUGACGCGACCCAAUAGAAAAUGAUCGGAGCAAGGGUGAUCGCGGGAGCUGCAGGUGUCGUCGGGGCCGCCGGGGCUCUCACCUUCUUCAACUCGGACGACGUUCAUGCGGCGAGCUCAUUCACCAGAUCUCCUCCGCGCAUCGUUCUUCCGACACGAGAGCAACAGAUCGAAGUUCUCAAAAAAACUCCAGAGUACGAUGUGCUCAUCAUCGGCGGCGGAGCGACAGGGGCCGGAGUGGCCGUCGAUUCCAUCACGCGCGGACUCUCGACCGCCUUGGUCGAAGCAGAUGACUUUGCGGCUGGAACGUCGUCCAGGAGUACGAAACUCAUCCAUGGCGGCGUCCGCUACCUUCAGAAAGCGGUCUUCAAUCUCGACUACGAUCAGUACAGAAUGGUGAAAGAAGCUCUGAAUGAACGAGCGAAUCUGCUCAAAUCCGCCCCUCACCUUGCCGAUGCCUUGCCGAUCAUGCUCCCCGUGUACAGGUGGUGGCAAGUUCCCUACUACUGGGUCGGUAUCAAGUGCUACGACAUGGUCGCCGGGCGACAGUGUCUCAAGAAGAGCUACUUCCUGAGCCGUAAACGAGCUCUGGAAUUGUUCCCCAUGCUCCAAGAAGAACGUCUCUGUGGAGCGCUCGUGUACUACGACGGAGCGCACAACGAUUCUCGGGUGUGCGUCUCGCUGGCGCUCACGGCAGCUCGCUUCGGAGCCAAUGUCGCCAAUCAUUGCAGAGUUCUCAGUCUGAUCAAAGACAAGAGCGGUCGUGUUCGUGGAGCGGUAUGUCAGGACGAGUUCAAUGGCCAGAAGUUCGAGGUCCGUGCAAAAUGUGUCGUGAAUGCCACCGGUCCAUUCACAGAUAACAUCCGGAAAAUGGAUGACGACUCAGUCAGGACAAUCUGCCAACCGAGUUCCGGCGUCCAUGUCGUCCUGCCGUCGUACUACAGUCCUCAAAAUAUGGGUCUUCUCGAUCCCUCGACGUCGGACGGCCGCGUGAUUUUCUUCCUCCCUUGGCAAGGUCAAACAAUCGCGGGAACCACCGAUAAGCCGUGCAAGGUCACUCACGAUCCUGCGCCUACUGAAGACGAUAUCCAGUUCAUCCUGAAGGAGAUCCGAAACUAUCUCUCUCCGGAAGUUCACGUCAGGCGAGGCGACGUUCUAUCGGCGUGGUCUGGAAUCAGACCUCUGGUCCUGGAUCUGAGCCAGAAGGCCGGCAAGACCGAAGCCAUUGCACGGAACCAUAUCAUCGAGCUGAGCGACUCUGGCUUGGUGACAAUCGCAGGUGGAAAAUGGACGACUUACAGGGAAAUGGCCGAACAGACCGUGGACGCAUGCAUCAAAUCACAAAACGAGAAGAUUACCCCCAAGUACGAGUUCUCUCAGACCGAGCACGUGCUUCUCGAGGGUGCCGCUGGCUGGUCGCCGAUCAUGUACAUCCGACUCGUGCAAGAUUUUGGACUCGAUCCAGAGGUCGCUCAACAUCUGGCAAGCGAUUAUGGGGAUCGAGCCUUCUCCGUCGCUAAGCUCGCCGCUUUCACGGGAAAGAGGUCCCCCAUCGUGGGUCGUCGACUCCACGAGGAGUUCCCAUACAUCGAGGCAGAGGUCCGUUACGCUGUCUUGAAGGAAUACGCGUGCACGGCAGUCGAUGUCAUAGCUCGUCGGCUCCGUCUCGCAUUCUUGCAUGUGCAAGCUGCUCAAGAAUGCCUGCCAAGAAUUGUUGAUAUCAUGGGCGAAGAACUCAAGUGGGACAACAAGAGAAAGAAGGAGGAAAUCGCCAGAGCGACCGAGUUCCUAAACACCCAGAUGGGUGGAGCCGUGAACAAGGAAUCGAAGGAACAGAGAUCGACGAUGUCGUUCACGAAGAAGGAGGUGGAUGAAUACAUUGCCAAGUUCAUGAUCAUAGAUCGCGACCACAAGGGUUACAUAACGAUGGUAGACUUGAAGAGAGCUUUGAAGGAGUCUGGCGAGGCUCAAGUCACACAGGAGCAACUCCACGAGAUGCUGAACGAAGUCGAUAUCAAUAAGAACGGUCAAAUCGAGCUGGGCGAAUAUCUAGAACUAAUGUCAAAUCUCAAGAGCGGUUCAGUCACUGGGAGCCGGUUGGCCAAAGCUGUCGACCGCGAGUACGAGAAACAUCUUUCCGUUGAUAGGUCUGGCGGAGGUGUCUAA